AUGUCAACGUGUGACGCUGCUUCAUUUGCUUCAAACAUAUUCAAUUUCCCUCAGUACGCCAAGAAAUGCUCAUUCUUUGAGAAGGGCGGUGACACCGCCCUGCCGCAGGGCCUCGGAUGGUUCAUUCUCGUUGGCCUCGGCGCGCUCUUCGCGCUGAUCCCAACAUUCCUAAUCUGGUUUGACAGGAAGUUUGGCGGCACUGGAAAGGAUUCGGAGAAUUUCUCUACUGCUGGUCGCAGCAUUAAAGCGGGCCUGACUGCUUGCGAUAUCGUUGCCAAAUGGACAUGGGCCGCCACGUUGCUUCAAUCAUCAAAUGUGGCGUUCUCGUUCGGUAUCUCAGGGCCGUUCUGGUAUGCCGCAGGUGCCACCGUGCAAGUUCUGCUGUUCGCCAUCCUGGCUGUGGAGAUCAAGCGCAAGGCGCCCACCAUCCACACCUUUUUGGAGGUCAUUCGCUGCCGCUGGGGCACCACCGCUCACGUCAUCUUCACCGUGUACGGCUUCCUGACCAACAUCAUCGUCACGGCCAUGCUUAUCCUUGGUGGCGCAGCCGUGAUGGAGGCGCUGUCCGGCGUGUCCGUGUAUGCCGCGUCCUUCCUCAUCCCUGCCGGUGUGGUCGUCUACACUGCGGUCGGAGGGCUCAAGGGCACGGUCGUGGCUGAGUGGCUCAACGUCUGCAUCAUUUACCUCGCUCUUCUUAUCUUCAUGUUCCAGGUGUACGCAACCCACGAGGACCUUGGCUCCAUCGCCGCUGUGUACAAGAUGUUGCGCAAGGUUGAGAAGGUCCACCCAGUAGCCGACAACAUGGGCGGCUCGUACCUGACCAUGUUUUCCAAGUCGGGCAUUAUCUUCGGCAUCAUCAACAUCAUUGGCAACUUCGGCACGGUGUUCGUAGAUCAGUCGUACUGGCAGGGCGCCAUCGCCGCCAAGCCCUCCGCUACCUACCGCGGCUACCUGCUGGGCGGCCUGUGCUGGUUCGCCAUUCCCUUCACCUUCGCAACAACCAUGGGACUGGGCGCGAGGGCGCUGGACCUGCCACUUACCAAGGCUGAGGCCAACCAGGGUUUGGUUCCAGCUGCCCUUGCGGUGCACCUCAUGGGCAAGGGGGGGGCCUUCCUGAUGACCUUCCAGCUCUUCAUGGCCGUGACCGCCACCGCCUGCGCGGAGCAGAUGGCCGUCGCCACCAUCGUAGCGUACGAUAUUUACAAGCCGUACAUCAACCCGAACGCGAGCGGACGCGCGAUGAUUAACCUUCAGCGGGUCAUGGUACUCGUCUACGCCAUCAUCUCCGGUGUUGUGUCAGUCAUCCUGCUUAAGCUCGAGGUUUCUCUUGGAUGGGUGUAUCUCUUCAUGGGCAUCGUGAUUGGCUCGGCUGUGUUCCCCAUCGCUGCCUCUCUCACCUGGGCCAAGUGCUCUGCCAAAGCUGCUUGCAUCUCAGCCGUCGUCACCACCCCGCUCGCCAUCAUGACCUGGCUCAUUACCGCGGCCAAGCUCAACGAUGGCGUCAUCAACCUGGACACCACGGGCCAGGACUACCCCAUGCUCGCGGGCAAUCUCGUGGCGCUCUUCUUCUCAAUGAUUCUUUGCAUCAUCCUGUCGUACAUCUUCCCACAGGACUUCGACUGGGCUGAGCUGCGCAACAUCCCGGUCAUCGAGUCCGACCCCAACUCCGACCCCAACAACUUCGAGGGAGAAGACUCCCCCGAGGCUCUCAAUUACGUGAUCAAGUUCACCUGGGCCACCGGUGGUACUCUCACUUUGGUCCUGCUCAUCUUGUGGCCCAUCCUGACGCUGCCGGCUAAGGUCUUCAACCAGGGCUACUUCACGUUUUGGGUGAUCGUAGCCAUGGUUUGGGGCAUCGUGGCCUCCGUCAUCUGCAUUGUGCUUCCCAUCUUCGAGGCCAGCGACGUCAUCUUCGCCGCCUGCAUCGGCAAGAAGCCGUCAAAGACUGCAGCAAGCGCAGAGGAAAGUGUGCAGGCUGGCAAGGAGUCGCACCUCGAGCUCCCACCCGCACCUGUCCAAGCAAGCAAGCAGGGCACUGGAGUGGUGGAGGCGGCUUUGCAUGCCACGUUGCGGGCAUGGGUUGGCAGGGAUUUCGUUCACUCAGAACUGCGCUCCUACGCGAUCACUCUGGUUGCGUCCUCUGCUGGGGAAGUUCUCGUUAUUGUGUGCCCUCCCUCUUGUCUUUGGAUGGGUACUCGUUGGGUCUGGUUUUUUGGGGUCCCUGCUCUGCACAGUUCUGACUGCUUUGUGGUUGGUAUGAACAUUUCCGUGAAGAUGGGCGUGCGGGUCGGCGUCAGGACAGCGCAGCGUCUGUACAUGUGCGCUGUGGAUGUCAUUCCUUGCGGUCGGGCAGGUCCUCGGGCGUCGGGCAUGCACCUGGUCAUCGCUUUGGACUUGUUGGUGUUUGUGGUGGAGGUGGCGGUUGUGAUAAUUGGCAAUUCACGCACGAAAAGGAAUCGCGUUUGAGAUGCAUCUUGCGGAGGGAGGAGCAAUAGAAGUAGCAUCAGUGUCAGCUCUGUGCUUGAUUGUCAUGUAGGUCAGCUCAUCAGGUAGACAGCGAUGACUCGGGGUGUGGGCGGCGUCUUGCGUGGUGUUGGCGUCUGGAGUCUGCAGGGCCCCUAAAUGCGAUUUUAGAUAAAUGAAAUGAUGUCCUUGUUACUUCCUUAAUUCUCCAUAUUACAUACGUUGCCACGUUUGCAAGGAGUGAAAAUGCUUGCACCCUAAUAACAGGUGGUCAUCCGGAAGCAGAGGGAAAGGAGGGAAGGAGGGUGUUGGAUAUGGUGGUGGUGCGUGCGGAAGCGGAGGCAAGACGGGCACUGUAAUGCCCAGGAAUCCCAAUCGUCGCCAACCCUUCAUGGAGUGUAACAUAUAAAGGCG